AUGGUGGCUAAAUCGGUGAAAGUAAUAGCACAAACCGAUCUUAUUAAAUAUAUGCUAAGUUUCCCUAUGUUAAGAGGACGUUUGGAAAAAUGGAUGCUAGCAUUAACGGAAUUUAAUUUACAAUAUGUCCCGACUAAGGCUGUGAAAGGACAGGUCAUUACAGAUUUUCUUGUAGACAAUUCGAAAGAUCUGAAUGACAAGGGGGCAAAUAUAGUCGAUGUAGAAGUUAAUUAUUGGAAAUUGUAUUUCGAUGGAUCCAAACAUAAAGAUGGCGCAGGGGUUGGAAUCCUUAUUAUCUCACCAGAAGGUAUUCCAUCAGAAUUCUUGUUCAAAUUAAAGUAUCCUUGUUCUAAUAAUGUAGCCGAAUAUGAGGCUUUGAUUCUGGGUCUAGAAAUUUUAAUCGACAAAGGAGCUUUAGAAGUUCAAAUUCUGGGGGAUUCACAGUUAGUUUUAAAGCAGUUAUCGAAGGAGUUUAAGUGUAAUAGUGAGACGUUACAAAAACAUUUAGUAAUUGCUUGGGAGUUAUUGACGUCUUUUCGAAAAAUUUCUUUGGUGCAUAUCCCUCGAAUUUAUAAUGAGAUUGCUAAUGAGUUAGCCCAAAUUGCUUCGAAGUAUCGAAUUGGUCCGGAAACUAUUAAGAAAUUAUCUAGUAUCCAUCAAAUUUUGGUACCGGCAAAUGAGAGAGAGGUACUAUGCAUGAGUGAAUGGGAUGAUUCCAAUUGGAGAAAACCUAUUGCUCGAUAUUUGAAAGAUCCCAAUAUUACAAUUGAUAGAAAACUAAAGUUAAAAGCAAUAAACUUUGUUUUAUUGGCCGAUGAGUUAUACAAAAAAGGGAUCGAUGGAAGUUUGUUGAGAUGUUUGAGUCGAGAAGAUCAAAACAUUGCUUUGGGUGAAGUUCAUAAUGGAAUAUGUGGUGCUCAUCAGGCAGGAAAGAAAAUGAGAUGGGUAUUAUAUCGCAAUCAUGUAUUUUGGCCAUCUAUGAUAGAAGAUUGUAUCGAUUAUGCAAAGCACAAAUUUAUUUUAGUGGCUAUUGAUUAUUUUACGAAAUGGGUGGAAGCAGUUCCUUUGGUAGAAGUUGGUCAGACAGAGAUAAUUGAUUUUGUCGAGGAAAAUAUUAUUCAUCGAUUUGGGAUUCCUCAGACAUUAAGUACUGACCAAGGAACUAUGUGCACUGGCCAACGAAUUAAAAAUUUUGCGACUUCGAGAAACAUUAGUAUGGUUACUUCAACUCCUUAUUAUACACAAGCUAAUGGGCAAGUGGAGGUAGCAAAUAAGAUAUUGAUUGGUUUGAUUAAAAAGCAUAUCAGGAAUAAGCCUCGAACAUGGCAUGAGACUUUAAGUCAAGUGUUAUGGGCUUAUCGAAACUCACCAAGAGGUUCGACAGGAACUUCACCUUAUAAAUUAGUAUAUGGCCAUGAUACAGUAUUGCCAUUAGAAAUUAAUUUGAAUACUCUAAGAGUAUCGAAACAGAAUGAGUUGCCAGUCGAUGACUAUUGGAAUGCCAUGUUUGAUGAAUUGAAUGAGUUUGAUUCAGAGCGAAUUCUAGCACUUGAUAAUGUAAUUCGACAAAAAGAAAGUCUUGCUCGAAGUUAUAAUCGUCGAAUUAAGGAGAAAUCUUUCAAAAUAGGUGAGUUAGUUUUGAAAGUUAUUUUACCGAUGGAAAAGAAAUCGAAAUUUCUUGGUAAAUGGUCUCAUAACUGGGAAGGUCUCUUUCAAGUGAUAAGAGUCAUUUCUAGAAACGCCUAUCAGAUUAAAGAUAUCGAGUCAAGGAAAAUAGUUAAUUCGAUUAAUGAAAAAAAUCUAAAAUAUUUCUAUUGCUGGCAAAUAUAG